UGUCCCUGGGUUUAAAUUGAGUUGAAUGAUUCCAAUCCCACGCUUAACAUAGCUGCCCUCCUACUUCCUAGUCAUCUCUCUCUCUGGCUGGCUGGCUGGCUCUCUCCCUCUCUCUUACUUAUGAGCAUUCAGACUCUUGGUGGAUCUGUGCUGAAAGUAUUUCUACAUUGCAUUUCCACAUUUAAGGACAGUGGGAAGCUACAACCCACAGAAGAGCAUUGGAUUUUACUGGUUUCAAUACAGUCACUCUCACUGGUGUUGCUGAGCUGCUAGAGUCUCUACAUUGAGACGCAGUGCUGCCUACCCUGGCUGUGCACAAGCUAUCCUCACAAUUGGAGAGAGGGCUGAGGACUUGUACUCAGCAGCGGUUUAAAAACCACACAAAGAAAAGCAGUCACCAUGCUGCGAAACAUUGUGUCAAACAUUUUAGAAUUCCACAACUAUCUCCUGCAGAGGACUGAUGCCAGGGUGAAAGACUACCCGCUGAUGCAAAGCCCCGUAGAGAUGACCACCAUCCUGUUGACCUACGUCGUCUUCUCAGUGUAUGUUGGACCUCGACUCAUGGCCAACCGCAAGCCCUUUCAUCUCAACACAGCCAUGGUGGUCUACAACCUGAGCAUGGUCGUACUGAAUGCCUACAUAGUGUACGAGUUCAUGAUGUCAGGUUGGGCCACCACCUUCACGUGGAGAUGUGACCUCUGUGACACCUCAAGCAGCCCACAGGCUCUUAGGAUGAUUCGGGUGGCUUGGCUUUUUUAUUUUUCAAAAUACAUUGAACUCCUUGACACGGUAUUCUUUGUGCUGAGAAAGAAACAGAGCCAGAUUACAUUUCUUCAUGUAUUCCACCACUCCUUCAUGCCCUGGACAUGGUGGUGGGGCAUUACUCUGACCCCAGCUGGGGGAAUGGGCUCCUUCCAUGCCAUGGUGAAUGCAACAGUCCACGUCAUCAUGUACUUCUACUAUGGACUCUCUGCUGCAGGACCUCGCUUCCACAAAUACCUGUGGUGGAAGAAGUACAUGACCGCAAUCCAACUUACCCAGUUUAUUCUGGUCUCUGUUCACAUCAGCCAGUACUACUUCAUGGAGAAGUGUGAUUACCAGGUUCCCCUGUGGAUCCACCUCAUCUGGAUCUACGGUACCUUCUUCUUCCUCCUCUUCUCCCAUUUUUGGGUACAGGCCUACAUCAAGGGGAACCGGCCUCCUGUCACAGUGGAUAAACCAAAACAAAACGGCUUUAUCAGUGAUGAUAUUACUGUAGUGACCAAUGGCAAGCACCUGGAGAAUGGGGUGGCACACCACUACAGUAAUGGCAAAAUCCUUCCUGGCAAAGUGAAGGAAGUCUAGACUUUUGUCUCUGGAGGAGAAGAGAGGAAUGACUCUAGAGAGCCCUCAUAAUCCCAGAUUCCCAAGAGCAUACUACUCUUUCACUGUGUAAAAUGUUUUUUUGAAAUGUAUUUCUGCACAAUUUUUGGAUGUAAAUGGCAUAGUGUACUUUUUUUCAAGUGAGCUCUACUUGCCACAUUGUGUUGUUAGAUUGUUAUGGAAACCGAGGCACACUGUAUUCAGAUUUAGUAGUCAGUUGUCACUGGUAGUAUUCUCAAUCUCAAGUUCGACACGGCCCACUGUUUCUUGGCUGGCAUGACCCUUGUUGCUUGGGAGUAUUGCACAACUUCCACUGAUAAGAUCAUGAUGUAAAUAGUACCUACACAGUUCAUGCAAAAAGAGGAAGUGUGUGUUGUAAAUGUUCAAUAUUUAGUUUGUUUUUAAUUUAUCUUUUGAAAUAAAACCAAUUUUAGAUAAACGGUGGUGUCACUUGGGAAGUUAUGGUGUGGACUUAAUGAUUAACAUACAUCCCAGUUCUCCAGCGUUAUGACAAUUUUAUGCUGUAUUAGUAGUGUUGCAUUUUGCACUUUGUUCAGAAUGAGUCAAGUGAGCAGUAGAAAGAGGUCCAUGUAUGUUCAUGCAUCCCUAUUUUACAGCAGUGUUGCAGCACAGUAUCGGAAGUGUGCUUUAAGUCUUUUGGGGACAAUACCAUUGCUUGAUGUUGGUCCUGUGUCAUACACUACAUUUUGUUUACACACUAACAGCCAAAGGUAGUGUUUGAUAACAGAUGACCAAGUUAUUUCAAUUACUAGCCUAGCUGCACAAUAUAGACAAACACAUUAAACACUGGUGUUGUCCUUUGAUAGCCAUACAAGUUGUGAAAGAUGUCAAUUCUAGAAACAAAAAUAUAACCCAAUGAACUGAAGCACAAAAGUAACCAAAUAAUUUAUUCAUAACUGUUCAUUGUACAUUAUGCAUUCUGCUAAUAAAAAA